AUGGGUCCAUGCGCAAAAAAGAUUUUAAAUCCGGAAUUAGUCAUCAAACCGAAAGGCAGUGCUGGACCACUUGGGGCAAUCUCCGAAUCAAGCAACGAAAGACUUGUCAUUGAGGUAGGAAUCGGAACGCGUGUUGGGGAUGCUGUGGCACACCGAAGAGAACAAUGUACUCUUUUCUACGAUUUUCAGCAGCAGCAAGCUUCGGGAGUCAAUUCACUCGGACAGGGUCAUAAUGGCCAUCACCAGCAGCAGCAUCCUCCACCGCAGCAACAGCUUCCUCCACAUCAACAGCAGCAUCCUUUACCGCCUCAGCAACAUCCAGCACCUCUCCACAAUCAACCGCAGCUUGGCCUUCCACACGAUGCCCUCAUUCUGCAAAUAUUGCAGCAACUACUGCAUCAGCAAGGCAUAACCAACCAACUCCUUCAGCAGCAGCGAGAGUCGCAACAGCAACAACAACAGGGAGCUUUCCAGCAGCAUCAGGAAAUCUUUCGGAGCGCGAUGCAAUCCAUCCAAGUGAACGUUCCUCCCAAUCCGGAAAUCAUCUUGGACUCGUUGGCUGCAAACAUUAAAGAGUUUCUCGGUCGGUUGGGAACUCAGGAACAUUAUCGAUAUGUCAGCUACAUCCUGCCAAACACACCGGAAAAUUUCUCGUUUUUGGAAACAGUGGAGAAGUUACAAGGUCUUUUCGGUACAAAGGAGUCAGCAGUGAAGAAGCGGUACUCCACACUCACCAUCACGAAAUCACCCACGAUGGAUUAUGUGUCGUACGCCUGCCGGGUGAACAAGAUGUGUGUGGAAUUUGAACUGUCCAAGAUGUCAGAAGCACAGUUGCCUGAUGUCGAGGAUAGCAAUAAUGCCACCCUGGACACGCUCAUCGAGGAAUGUCAACGGUCGAUGAACCUCAAAAGUGAUACAGCCAUGAUUGAGAAUCCGAUUCCCUCUACAGUUCAUGCCAUCAAGGGAAAACAGCAACACCGGAAGACAUUCAAGAAACUGUUCGACAAUCAGCGUAGUUACCAACAGCAACAGCAUCAGCAGCGGAAGAGUAGUCCGGCAUCACCUUGCUGGAAUUGUGGUGCGAUGCACUACGCAAAAGAAUGUAGCUCCAUCAAUCACAAGUGCUCGUCCUGCAAUCAGUUGGGGCAUAAAGAAGGAUAUUGCUCCAGUGCCAAGAGAUCAGCGAAGAGAAGAAAACCUUACAAUAAGCAGUUUUCAACCAAAACCGUGGUAUCCGUCAACAGUGUACAAGGCAAGCGUCGUUUCGUUUGGGUGAAGCUGAAUGAUAUUCCGAUUCGUCUUCAAUUGGACACAGCAUCAGACAUCACGAUUGUGUCGAAGCAGGUAUGGGAGAGAAUCGGUAGGCCAGCAGCAGUGCCGACAGUUCAAAGCGCCAAGACUGCAUCAGUAGAGGAACUUCGUCUCGAAUUUGAGUUCUCCUGCACAGUUUCUCUAAACGAGUCCGUGAGUACUGGUCAUAUUUACGUUUCUAAUAACUCUUUGAAUCUUCUGGGAAUCGAUUUCAUCGACAAGCUGAACCUCUGGUCUUUACCGAUGAACAAAUUCUGCAAUCUCGUUAGCGGUGAGGGACCAAUCGAUGCAGCUUCAUUGCAGAGGGACUAUCCCAGACUAUUCAGUACAACUCUGGGACUCUGCACCAAGACAAAAGUUAGUUUGGCACUCAAGGAGGCAUGCAACCCAGUUUUUCGACCUAAACGGCCAGUCUCCUAUGCGAUGCUACCCAUCGUCGAUGCAGAGCUAAAUCGUCUAGAAGGCCUGAACAUAAUCUCUCCUGUAUCCGUAUAUGUGGCGAUUAUUCUACCGGUCUAA